AACAUUGUUACGUUUGAAAAUCAAUAAAAUAUGUCCAGUCGUCCAUUAUUCUUCUCUGAGAAAGAGAAAAACUAGGAAAAACUAUUGUGACUAGCUGACGAAUAACUGAAGGUGUUAGGUUUUUGUAAAAUUUAAGUUCUUUAUAUAAAAAUACAACCAACAACAUGGGUAAAGGUUUUAAUAAUUAUAUGUGUAAGAAAUUUUUUCACCCUGCUUCACGAGAUAAUUUGAAAAGGGUAUGGAUGGCCGAGCAGAAAACCGAGGCCUACAAAAAAAAACAAGAGGAGUUGAGAAUUCAGUACGAAAAGGAACAAGAACUACAUGAAAACAAAGCUUUGCUGAGCAAAGAUAGCAAGGAUAAACUCAGCUUGAAUUUUAUGUAUGAACCGCCCCCGGGCGUAAAGAAAGAAAGGGAACGUGAAGAUAAUGAACCGGAAUAUAAAUUUGAAUGGCAACGGAAGUACAAUGCACCCAGAGAGAGCUAUUGUAAGGGGGACAAUGAAAUACGUGACCAGCCCUUUGGUAUACUGGUGCGUAAUGUCAGGUGUAUUAAGUGCCACAAAUGGGGCCAUAUCAAUACAGAUAAAGAGUGUUCAAUGUACUCCUUAUCAAUGGGCGAGGCUCGUGCUUUGCAAGCUUCUACCUCAGCUCCUGAGGAGCAAGAGGAAAAACCGGAUGUUCCUACACUAAUGCAGCAGAUGAGAGAUACUGGAUUGGUUAUGAAACCUGGAGCUCUACCACUGUCUGCUACAAGGAUUGAAGAUAAUGAUUCUAACAGCCUCACUGAACAGGAUCUUAUCAGUCAACUAACUAGAAAACAGAAAAAGAAGUUGCUUAAAAAGCUCGAGAAAAUGGAAAAAAAGAAAAAGAAGAAGCAAAAGAAGUCCAAGCAUUAAGAUGGUUCUUUUAAGCUUCAUUGUAUUUUAACCUUGCAAAAUAAAUACAUGUAUUA